AACUUUUUCUAUAUGCGUAUACAACACUUUUUUCCAGAAAGUUUGAUUCUUCAACUAGGAAGAUGUUUGGAAAUAUUAGAAAGUGAGAAUGCACUACCAGCACCGGAAGUUGCUGACUCAAGUUAUGACAGAUGGCGAGAACUUGAACCCAUUCCUAUUGUUCCCAAUGCUGAGUUAUCUUCUAUGGAAUGGCAACAGUUGGACCGAGGUAUUCUCGAGUUGGCUAAAGUUUGUCUAUAUACCUUCAAGAACUUGUCUUGUGCAUGGAUUGUGGAUAUGUCACCUCUAAAUGUAAACUUGGCAAUAACAAAUCCUCAAGUUCAUGAACAGUGGAACAAGGCUGUAUCUUAUCUAUAUGCUCAUUUUGCGAAAUGUUUUGAACAACACAAUUGGCUAUGGAUAGCGGGAGUGAGUGAUGAAUGGUUAGAUUUGGAUAUCUUUCUUAACACAACUAAUCGACAUAAUGCACCUUGUCGGCUUUAUUAUAAGAAUGAAUGGAUCAAUUCUGAAGCUAAGAGUUUAGUAAAGGAUAAUUAUCACAGUCAUUCCAGAUCAUUUCCAUUUCAAGUUUUGAAGGCAGUCGAACGAAAUGCCAUUCAAUUGCUUAUACUUCAAGUUCCUCAUUUGUGGUGGUAUCAACUAAGAAGUGGAGAUAUAAGAGACCCGCGAAUUUUAUGGCAAGUAAGUCAUCAUCAUCAUCAAGCAUUGUAUACGAACAUUUUACUGAUGAUGUGGCUAGUGCUCUGAUUUGGAUCUAUUGGGAGCAGCUCUUGUUCAAAGUAAGGUGUGACUACUUCAGAU